CCCCACGGCGGCCGCGGCGGCAGCCCCGGCUCGGGCUCAGGCAGCAGCAGCCGCGAGGACUCGGCGGAGCGGAGCCCCGCGCCCGCCGCGCCCCGGGCCAGCAUCAUGAAGGAUGGCUCUCGGCAGCGGCCUCCACAGAAGAAGAAGACAGUGUCCUUCAGCUCCAUGCCCAAUGACCGCAAGAUCAACAGCACAGCUGCCUGCAUCUCCCUCAUGCUGGAGGGCUGCGAGCUCAAGAAGGUGCGCUCCAACUCCCGCAUGUACAGCCGCUUCUUCGUGCUGGACGCCGACCUGCGCUCCGUGCGCUGGGAGCCCUCCAAGAAGGACUCAGAGAAGGCCAAGAUUGAGAUCAAAUCGGUCAAAGAGGUGCGGCUGGGCAAGAAGACGCCUGUCCUGCGCAGCAAUGGCCUCUCCGACCAGUUCCCGGAUGAGUGCGCCUUCUCCAUCAUCUAUGGGGACAACUACGAGUCCCUGGACCUGGUGGCCAGCUCGGCAGAUGUGGUGAGUGCCUGGGUGAUGGGGCUGCGCUACCUGGUGUCCUAUGGGAAGCACAGCCCUGAGGCGCCCGGGACUGGCCACCCCAGCCUCCGGACGUCCUGGAUCUCCUCUGUCUUCGACCUGGCUGACCUGGAGAAGUCUGGGCGCAUCCCCGUGGCCCGGGCUGUGCAGCUGAUCAAAGCACUCAACCCUGGCAUGAAGACCUCCACCAUCGAGCUGAAGUUCAAGGAGCUGCAGAAGGCCAGCGAGCGUCCUGGCACGGAGGUGGCCUGUGACCUCUUUGUGGAGGCAUACUGCGAGCUCUGCACCCGCCCUGAGAUCUUUUUCCUGCUGGUCCAGUUCUCCAGCAACAAGGAAUACCUGGGUGUGAAGGACCUGCUGAUGUUCCUGGAGGUGGAGCAGGGCAUGGAGGGGGUGACAGAGGAGAAGUGCUUGGAGAUCGUCAGCAAGUACGAGCCCUCCAAGGAGGGCCGGGAGAAGGGCUACCUGGCCAUCGACGGCUUCACGCGUUACCUGCUCUCUGCUGACUGCUCCAUCUUUGACCCCCAGCACCGCAAGGUCUGCCAGGACAUGGCACAGCCCCUCUCCCACUACUACAUUAGCUCUGCCCACAGCGCCUGCCUGCUGGAGGACAACUUCUGGGGCCGCUCGGACAUCAGUGGCUACAUCAGUGCCCUGGGCCUGGGCUGCCGCAGCAUCGAGCUGGUGCUGUGGGAUGGCCCUGAGGGUGAGCCCGUGGUCUACACCAGCCCCUCGGCUGCCUCCUGUGUGCCCUUCCGUGCCGUGGUGGGGCUGAUCGACCAGCACGCCUUCACUGCCUCCGCCUACCCCCUCAUCCUGUGCCUGGUGGUGCGCUGCUCGGCCCCCCAGCAGCGGCUCGCUGCCCAGUGCCUGCGCAAGACGCUGGGGGAGAAGCUGUACCUGGAGCCCCCCAACCCCGUGGCCUCCUACCUGCCCUCCCCGGAGGAGCUCAAGGGCCGCAUCCUCAUCAAGGGCAAGAAGCUGCCGCCCACCUGCGAGGACAGCGAGGGGGAGGUGUCGGACGAGGAGGAAGGCUGGGAGCUGGCGCGGCGACUGGGCCAGGAGGACCGGGAGGCGCCGGAGGGAGGUGGCCUGCGGCGGGUGCGCCUCAGCCGUGAGCUCUCGGAGCUGGUGAGCCUCUGCCAGGCAGUGCCCUUCCAGGACUUUGAGAGCUCGAGGCGUGGGCAGCGCUACUGGGAGAUGUGCUCCUUCAGCGAGGUGGAGGCGGGACGCUUUGCCAACGAGUGUCCGGCUGAGCUGGUCAGCUACAACAAGCGGUUCCUCUCCCGCAUCUACCCCAGCCCCAUGCGCAUCGACGCCAGCAACAUGAACCCCCAGGAUUUCUGGAAGUGCGGCUGCCAGAUGGUGGCUAUGAACUACCAGACACCAGGGCUCAUGAUGGACCUGAAUGCGGGCUGGUUCCGGCAGAACGGGGCCUGUGGCUACGUCCUGCGCCCGGCCAUCAUGCGGGAGGAGGUCUCCUACUUCAGUGCCAACGCCAAGGACUCGCUGCCCGGCGUGCCUGCCCAGCUCCUACACCUCAAGGUCAUCAGCGGGCAGAACCUGCCCAAGCCCAAGGGCUCGGGGGCCAAGGGGGAGGUUGUGGAGCCCUAUGUCUGUGCUGAAAUCCAUGGCAUCCCGGCCGACUGCGCCGAGCACCGCACCAAGACAGCCCUGCAGAGCGGGGACAACCCCAUCUUCGACGAGAGCCUGGAGUUCCAGAUCAACCUGCCGGAGCUGGCCGUCCUGCGCUUCGUUGUGCUGGACGAUGACUACAUCGGGGACGAGUUCAUUGCCCAGUACACCAUCCCCUUCGAGUGCCUGCAGCCCGGCUACCGCCACGUCCCCCUCCAGUCGCUGGCCGGGGAGCCCCUGCCCCACGCCACCCUCUUUGUGCACGUGGCCAUCACUGACCGCCGUGGCGGGGGCAAGGGGCACCGCCGGGGGCUGGCAGGGCGCCGGGGCCGCCGAGUGCGGGAGUACACUUCCACCAAGGCCACCGGCAUCAAAGCCAUCGAUGAAGUCUUCCGGACGGCCACCCAGCCGCUGCGGGAGGCCACUGACCUGCGGGAGAAUGUACAGAAUGCAUUGGUGUCCUUCAAGGAGCUGUGUGGGCUGACACCCGCUGCCAAUAUGAAGCAGUGCAUCCUGACAGUGUCCACAUGGCUGCUGCACAGUGACAGCGCGCCCAGCGUCACCCUCAACCUGGCAGAGCAGUACCCCCCCAUGGAGGCCCAGGGCCCCAUCCCCGACCUGCUCCGCAAGGUCCUCACUGCCUACGACACGAUGAUCCAGACCAGCCGGACGCUGAUCGAGUCUGCUGACGCCGUGUAUGGGAAGCUCAUCCAGGCACAGCAGGCAGGGAUGGAUUUCCACAAGGAGCUGCAUCGCAUCGAGACCAAGGAAGGGCUGCGGGGCCGCAAGCUGCAGAAGGCGCUGGAGAGCUUUGCCUGGAACAUCACUGUCCUCAAGGGCCAGGCUGACCUCCUCAAGCACGCCAAGGCGGAGGCGCUGGACAACCUGUGGCAGAUCCACAAUGCGGGACAGUCCUGCGGCAUCGGCAGGAACGGAUCAGCCUCGCCCGAGCCCUCUCGGCUGCAAGCCCCGCUGGAGCCCAUCCCGGAGACGGACGGAGGUGGCGACACAGCGUCCUGCUGACCCCGGUCUGGAGCUCGGGGCCCGGACUGAGCACCCCUGGCCACAGGGGCCGGGAGCAGGGAGCCCCAGCCUGCCUGGGCAAUGUGUAUGAGGCUGGGUGCCUGUGCUCUGCCUUGCUGAGGGGCUUGCACCAGAAUUCAGUGGAGAGGUUGGGGAGAGAUAUCCCUGCUCCCUCUUGCCCCGCCAAGCUCCCAGAGGACUCAUCCGUCCCCUCCAUCUGCUUCUGGAGCCAGUUCUCUGCUGAGGAGCCAGUGGGUACCCCAGUGCCCAUGUGCAUGUACCCCCAGCCUGCUGUGCCAGAUGCCACUUGGAAAAGCAGCCCCAGGUCUGGGCUCCUGCCCACCCUCCCCAGGGCUGCAGGUUUGGACUCCACCAGCCCUGGGAAAAAUCUGGCUGGCAGAAGGAUCCUGGCUGCUCCUGUCACCUCUACAGCAUCCCUCUGGUCCCCACUCUGCAGAGGGGCUGGGAGGCUCACUGGUGCAGCAGAUGUAGGGCCAGGGCAUCCCUGAACAGCAGAUGUGGCUUCUGGCAUCAGGGAAAUGUUUGGGUUCAACCCCAGGGCAAGGGAGUUCAGCACAAGCAAAGGCUGGGGGGGGUGUGGGGUCUGGGUUAUAAAGAGUGCAAGAGCCUCCCUGGUGCCUGUGACUCCCUCUGUUCCAGGCACAGCACCAGGAUGGGACGGUGUCACCAAAGGGGAUGGAGGGUGGCACCGGGUACAGGACCCUGGUGGCACUCUCCCUCCCUGGCACCAACCAAGCGCAGGGUGACGGCUCCCCGCGUCAGUCAGGGAGCUGUACAGCUGCUGGCACCCCUUUGUUUGGGGGGUUAAUUAGCCUAAUUAAGAGAGGGCUCUGAGCAGCGGCCCCGCACACUGUGCUGCUGUCAGAGCCGGCCAGCGCUGACCUUCAGCCCCUUUGAGCCAGCCCAGCAGCACAGCCCGUGGGCAAUUAUGGCCUCAUUAGUGCCAGGCACCCCUACCCUCACAAUGGGGAGCUGCAAAUGAGGGGAAAGGCCUGCACGGUCUCCGGGCUACCGGCCACAGCGCUCCCACGUCUCCCAGACACCGGCUGCUCCCGCUGCCCCAGGUAUUUUUGGCAGCCCUAUUGUGCCAGGCCCUAUAAAGUGGCAGUGGCAGUGCAGGGUGCUGCGCUGUCGGCUGCCUGAUGGGACAUGCCCCAGAGCUGCUCAGCCACAUGAAGACCCCAGCAAGGAUGGAGGUGCCCAACACCAAGGUGGAGUGCUGCAGCACCUGGGGAUGAGGGAACAGCGAUGGGUGGGAGAUCGGAAUGUUGGGCUGGGGGUGUGGGAGGGCCCGGCUGGUUUCUUGGGAAGCUCCGAGUGUGCAGCAAAUCCCCAGGAAUCCCUGACUGUAGCCAGCAGCUGAUGAGAGAACUGCCUGGGAGGGAGCUGGACAUGCAGUGCCUGCAGCAUGGGUGCUUUCACUGCUUGUCCCGUGGCACUGGACAGCGAGAGGAGGGUGCUUGCCACAGCUGCUGUGUGCUGGAGCAGGGCAGGGGUGUAGUGAGGACACCCACACCUGGUUGGGGACACAGGUGAGGAGCAGGGCAGGGGUGCGGGGAGGACACCCACACCUGGCUGGGACACAGGUGAGGUGCAGGGCAGUGAAGGGUGAGGCUCCAGGUUCACCUCAGGUGUGGUGGGGCUGAGCCCCUGCGGCAACAAGCAGGGCAGUGGGGAGUUGAACGCCUGUGGGCACAGCAGAGGGGACAGUCCUGGGUUGGGCAGUCCCUGUCUCUGCCCUAACGCUGCCCGUUGCUCCGGCAGCCCCGGCGAGCUGCCUGCCUCCUGCUCCUGCUGCUCUUCUGCUCCCUGGCUGCUGCCCGGCAGAGCCUGCCCCACUGCUGCCGGCAGAAAACCUGCUCCUGCCGCGUCUACGACCUCCUGCACGGCAUGGGCAACCACGCCGCCGGCAUCCUCACACUGGGCAAGAGGAAGAGCGUCCCCCUGGCCUUCCAGAGCCGGCUCUACCGCCUGCUCCACGGCUCCGGCAACCACGCUGCGGGCAUCCUCACCAUGGGCAAGCGCGGGCAGCACUCGGGCACCAUCUGCCAGGAAGCCUUGGGCUGCCCUGCGGGCACGGUCGCCCAGCCGACAGCGGUGCCGCGAGGUGCUGCCACCAGCCCUGACGGCCCCAGGGAGUGCCAGGGACACUCAGGGAAGGACCCGAGCACGAGCCAGGCCCAGGGAGCUGCAAGGAGCUUUUACUGAAUGGGAUGGGGGCAGCGGGACACGGAGAGGAUCCCUGGCAGGAUGGACUCCGGGCACACGCAGCCGGAGCUCGGUGUAAAUAGCACUUUUAGAUACCUCCUCCCAGCCCUGGCCCUGGCCCAGCCUGCUCAGGGCACCGCGGGCACCGCGGCCUUUUACAAUAAAUGGUAGCCUGAUGUCA